AUGGCCAUCACCAGGAUCUUUACUGAGUCAGUUCUCGGCAGAUAUGUCCAUACCAUCAAAGCAACUCCACGGGACCUAAUCGCCAAUCGAACUCUGCUCUUCUCCUGUGCAGUCUAUGCUCUGGCUGGCCUUCCAACAACCUGGGACCAGGGAUCAUCUUCCGUCGUUCCCUCGCUGCCAGGCUUCCAAAAACAGUUUAAGAUCGAAUCAGGUGCCAAAGCCAGCGAUAUUCAAAACUUCAUCUCGAUUAUUUACAUCGGAUAUGCUGUUGGCGCGGCGUUAUCCUUCUUUAUCAACGACCGCAUAGGCCGUCGCUGGUCUUUUCGUUUGUACACGGCUAUCUGGAUCGUUGGCCAAGUCAUCGCGACUCUUGCGCCUGGCUGGCCUGCCUUGUACACAGCACGUAUUAUUUCCGGUAUUGGCAUUGGCUCUUUGGGUGUCACUGGGCCGAUUUCAAUUGUCGAACUCGCACCCACCGAGAUUCGGGGCCUGCUCACAGCUUGGUAUACAGUUGUAAUGGGGAUCCCACUUUUCACCUCGAUUUUCUCCGUCUAUGGAAUUUUCUUGCAUAUGCCCUCCAACAAGCUGCAGUACCAAAUAGUCUGGUUUUCACCUGCUAUCUUCAUGGCUCUGGGUAUUAUUGCUAGCUUCUUUGUUAGCGAAUCUCCCCGGUGGCUCAUGAUGGUUGGGAAGCGAGAAGAAGCUGCCACCGUGCUGAUGGACCUACGACGUCUGCCAGCGGACCACCCUCGCCUACAAGGAGAAAUCAAGGACAUCGAAGAUUCUGUCGCUGGAAUAGGAUCCAGCUUCACAGCAAUAGUUAAGGAGACGUUCACUGUCCCCUCUAAUCUACGCCGCCUCCAACAGUCCCUACUUACCUAUGCCCUGGCUCAACUCUCAGGUGCCAACUCAGUCACAUCAUAUUUUAUACCGAUCAUGAGUAUCAUGGGCAUAGGAGGGGGCACAUCUGAGAGCAUGUUCUUGAGUGGCAUGUAUGGCUUCUCCAAGUUCGUUUUCAGUCUCAUCGCAUCUUUCUUCUUUAUUGAUGCACUUGGAAGACGCCGGUCUCUGUUUAUCGGUAUAACCCUUCAGCUUAUCUCGCACGUCUACAUCGGGGUAUUUAUCAAGUACCAUCAGGAAGGUCAUGUAUCCUCCUCAGCGUCUCAGGCAGCCAUUGCGGCUGUCUUCUUCCACGCUUUUGGAUAUGCUGUUGGGCUUUUUGUGCUUCCUUACAUCUUUGGAGGAGAACUCUGGUCUAACCGUCUUCGCUCUUUCGGUGGAGCUGUUAGCCAGACCUUCCACUGGCUCUUCAUUUACGCCGUCAAAUACAGUAUUCCCUCACUUCUUAAAACAACUGAUAACUGUGGAGCAUUCCUCUUCUUUGCUGUCUGGUGCUUUCUUGCGUUGUUAUACGUUUUCUUUAUGGUUCCAGAGAUCUCAGGCCUGAGCGUGGAGGAGAUCGAUUAUCUAUUCAAGGGUUCUUGGUUUAAUGCUUACAAGCGUGUUCGCCGACAUCCUGUUAUUGACAGCGUUGAGGCUGGAAAGAGCAAGCUCUCUAAGGAAUAA